AUGUACCUUGUAAAUAUUUCAGAGGAACAUCUACGCACACACAUAUGUGACGCUAAAGCCCAGCCAAAGACCACCAAUGCUAAGGUCUCAGCUGAAACUUACGUAAAAACCACUGGUACAAAAGGUCCAGUUAAAUCUUAUACAAAAACGACCAGCGCUAAAGCCCAGCCAAAGACCACCAAUGCUAAGGUCUCAGCUGAAACUUACGUAAAAACCACUGGUACAAAAGGUCCAGUUAAAUCUUAUAAAAUAACCACCAGCGCUAAAGCCCAGCCAAAGACCACCAAUGCUAAGGUCUCAGCUAAAUCUUAUGUAAAGACUACCGGUACUAAAGGUCCUGCUAAAUCUUAUACAAUGACCACUAGCGUUAAAGGCCAAUCAAAGACCACCGAUGCUAGGGUCUCGACUAAAUCUUAUGUAAAGACCACCGAUGCUAGGGUUUCGACUAAAUCUUAUGUAAAGACUACCAUUGCUAAAGUCUCAGUUAAAUCUUCAAAGACCACCGAUGCUAAGAUCUCUGCAAAAACCACCAGUGCUAGGAUCUCUGUAAAGGCUACUAGCGUUAAGGUUUCGGCUAAAUCUUAUGCAAAGACCACCACUACUAAAGGCCAAAAUAAACCUUAUACAAAGGCAACUAGUACUAAUGGACCGGCAAAACCAAAAACCACUAGUGCUAUAAACAAACCCAAACCUUAUACAAAAACCAAUGAAGAUCUAUUCACACAUCGUGCAAAGACUACUAGCGUUAAACCUUAUGCAAAGCCCACCAACACUAAAUACACAAGAUCUAAUAGCCUAGAAGAUCUACAUAGCCUUCACGCAGAACCCACACAUGUUGAUGACGCCAGUGUUGAAAGCCUAGAAGAAAUACUUCAUAAAAAGCACGCCAGCACUGAAUCUCAUGCAAAGACCACCGGUGCUAAUGGUCAUAUUAAAACUUAUGCAAAGCCUACUAGCACUAAAAGAACCAGUUCUAAAAGCCUAGAUUUACCUAAUCUUCACGCAAAGCCCACUAACAUUAAAAAUACUAACGUCAAAGGUAUAGAAGGUCUACUUAAACUUCAUGAACAUACCAGCACUAAACCUUAUGCAAAGUCAACUGGCGCUAAAGAUAAGCCCCAUGCAGAGCCCACCAGCAUUAAACCUUAUGUAAAGCCAACCAGUGCUAAAGAAAUUGACACAAAAGGUCUAGAGCACACCAACAUUAAAGACCAACCUAAAUUUAAUGUAAAAUCUACUGAAGCUAAAGAACACGAAAAACCCACCGGUGCUAAAGGCCAAGUAAAACCCACCGGCGUUAAUAACGAAGGUAAAUUUCGUGUAAAACCCACCGAAGCUAAGGACCAAGAAAAACCCACCGGUGCUAAAGGUAAAGCAAAGCCCACCGGUAUUAAAGACGAAGAUAAAUCUCGUGUAAAGCCCAUCGACAACAAAGAUCAAGAAAAACCCACCGGUGUUAAAGGCAAAGCAAAGCCCACCGGCAUCAAAGACGAAGAUAAAUCUCGUGUAAAGCCCAUCGACAACAAAGACCAAGAAAAACCCACCGGCGUUAAAGGUGGAACAAAGCCUACUGAAGCUAAACAUUUUUUAGUAGAAGCUGAUGUUAAGGCAGGUCACAGAUAA